AGGGGAGGCUGCAGCCGGAGGGGCAAGCGGGCUGACUGCGAACAAGAUGUCGAGCGGAGACGCGCAGCUCUGCACCAGCUACUUCAACAUCAGAGGCGAGCUGGUGCAAAGUUUCAGGUGUCCGAGGAAGGCGGACGGCAUGGACAAAGUUUACUGCUGCGGCUUUUUGGACCUCAAGUACUGCUGCAGCGAGGCUGAUAACUAUUUCCCCUACUCGCACGGCUACAUGUGGUCGCUCAGUAUAGGUGCAAUGGUGGGAUUAGGAAUUGCUGCCCUUGUUUUAUUGGCAUUUGUGAUCAGUGCGUUUGUGCUGUGCUACUUAUUUCUCUGCACUAAACCUCAAAGAUUAGAUUCUGGCCUCAGACUUCAGAACCUGACAACAUCUCCAGUUCAAACAAAAAAAAAGAAAACCAAACAAGGGAUCUUGGAAAUACCAGUACCCACAUCAUCAGCAGGACACCCACCACCCGUUCCUGAUAGAAUUGUUCAAGAUAAGCCAUCGACUAUGAUAAUGGAGACUUAAGGUGCAAACAGAAUCUCAUAAAUUAAAUAAGAAAAAGUAUUUCAGUUUAAAAUAGACGUUUACUUCUUUCCUAGUAAGAGCAAAAGUAAAAAUAAACGAUAACCUUGUUAUCUGUCAAAUAUAAAAUACUUGAGGAUUAGUCUUGUAAGUGCAUGAAGUAUGUGCAUUAAAAAGUGUAAGGAAAAAAUGCAGUGUAACUUUUUAAGUCUUUGUGGUUUAUGACUUUGUUUGGUUCAGUUCCAAAGUUCAAAAUAAAAUAAUUUGCUGUGAGAGAAACAAAGUAAUU